UCCCAAGCUUCCUCUUGCUGUGCCGAUUCCUCUUUUAAUCUAUGCCGUCUUCGCGAUAUAUGCUCUCCACUGUAUAGCUUGUCUCAUGCUCUCUCCAUCAACCUCUAUGUGGCCUUCACCGGUGCCCUGAGCGAUGCGCAAUAUGUCUUAGAAGUUGUAUGGGUGUAGUGCAAGGCUUGGUUCUGUGUCGCGUUCAAGGCUUACUGUGGCACCACGGUGGAUUGGUGGAGAAUGGUUGCUUGAUUUGAGAUUUUGAGUGUCGGAGAGGUGGAUUUCCUCGGUUCUUGAGCUGGGUCUCUUAGUUUAGCGUGGGAUGUAUUAGGUAGCGAGGUUCGAGCAUUGUUGAAUGUGGGCGAGUUCGUUGUGACGGGUAAUUGUGUCAAUUGUGGAGAUUGGUCGCUGAAAAAGAGUGAGAAGGGAUGGAGAACGAGGUGCCUGUGGAGAAUCAUGUUGAUCUUGACAAUGCGCCGCUGCUUGGGAACCUCAAGCGUAGCAGUGCUAUGGCCGCACUGAGCCCCAAGGACCGGCAGCGGAUGCACGCGAAGUCCUUUAAAAUGCCCGCCCCUGUGACUCUCUUGCUUCAGGGAGGGAGCCCGACGAAAGCGAGCAUGAAGCCUAAACUAGCCCCGAGCCCGGUCAAGGUUCCUCUCAACGCGAGCCCGCUGAACCCAUCAGAGCGCUACACGAGUCCAACCGAUUCUCUUGUAUCACCCGUUACGAAAGGUAUACUGGCACGAAAUAGCCGGCCUUUCAGACUCUUGAAGCCCUGGGGUCUAUCCAAGGACUCGGGUAGCAUCUCCCAAGGAACAAUUCGGUCGAUGAAACCAGUCUUCACAACAAUAGUGGAACAAUGACACGCAAAUGUUUUGUUCCAAGCCAGGAGUAGGAUGGUUGCACUCCAGCCGAAGAGGUGCACCACCAGCGCCACCUGCGGCUCGACACAUUGCUAACUGCUUCAGCUGUGUUUGUCGAGGUAGACCACAGCCGCUGUUUAAUUCUGGAUCUCGUAUUUAGUGCUAUACCCAAAUUGUAGAACUCACAGAAACCCUUCUAACUACUACUGCAGAAUAUAUCAGUGACUUCCGUUUUCACACCGAAUCUGAAACGGUGUAGACGCAGUUGAUGGUGUAGAUUUGUAUAACUUGGACUUGAGAUUGUCGGUCGCCUUGUAAAUUUGAGUAAAUAUUUUUUUAAGUACACCUCGAUGACCUAUGAAUCGUUGAUUCCACAUCA